AUGAUUGAAGAUUAUUGGGCUUCAAUUUCGUCCAUCGAUCGUUGGAAGAUUCUGCUCACGAUAUUCUUGGUGAUCAAUUUCAAGAGCCUACCUUUUGUCUUCCAUUAUCGCAUUUUCCGUCCUAUAAUCCAUAGUCUCUUCAGAAAGAAGCAGAGUCAUCAAUUCCUGUCAGAUCAUGCCCAGCACAAAGAGUCGCCCUUGGUUUUUCGUCCCUGCAUAACGACCACCUACACUCCACUACUUGAAGCCGACUAUAACCUUCACAAGUCGAACAGCACCUACUUCACAGACCUUGACGCCAGUCGGUCACAUCUACUGUCAUAUCUUUGCCAUUACGGAAUUACAAUCGUGGACCAAGAGCUCACUGCAGAGGGCAAACAUGGAAUGAUGGCUGCUAUAAUCGGAUCUGUCACCACGAGCUUCAAAAAAGAGAUCAAAAUUUUCCAACAGUACGAAGUAUGGUCACGGAUUCUUACAUGGGACAGAAAGUGGCUCUACAUUGUAACAUAUUUUGUUCGAAAAGGAACUGUCAAACAAGAUAUCCAUACAGAGACAGGAAAGUUCCCCCGGACCUGUGAUCCUCACAAGGUGAAUAGCAAAGACAACUCAGCGCAGCCUGUUGUUUUUGCAACUUCAGUUUCGAAGUACGUGUUCAAGAAGGGCAGGCUGACUGUACCCCCCGAGCGUCUUCUGAGGACCUCGGGCCUUCUCGGGGACAUGGGAAAUGGGGAAGAAGCUCACACCCAGAACCAGGGGUCGCAAUUGAAGUCCGUCGAUUCUAAAGCAGAUAAGGAAAAUGAGCACGUGGCGGACUUAGAGCUUGAUCAAAGUAUUGAGAAAGAGAGACUCAGAGGGUUGCGAUACGCGGAGUCUUGGGAUGAGCUAGAACCUCUCCAUGGGGAGCUACUGAGGGGAAAUGAGACAAGUUCCUCCAUCAAAGCUAUUGGUCACUUCAGUGAUCUAGCAGGCUACGGGAUUUCUUACAAAUAG